GAAUGAAGCCGUUUGCUCCGUGUCUCUAGUUUCCGUGCAGCGAGGACAUGUUCUGUGACGCUGAGAUGCUGGAGGACAUCGGGGACGUUCUGUCCAAACAGCGGCUCUCCAUCGCAUCUGUGACGGUCAGAGGCUCUCCUCAGGAUCUGUGCGCUGAUGCCCAAAGCCAUCUGAACACACAGCCUUUCUCGUGCGGCCUCAGCCUGACCGCUGCGCCUCCGGUCUCCUUCUUCCAGUGGCAGAUCCAGCAGGAGGAGGAGAGACUGGCAGCUGUGAGCCACGAGCAGCUCACCGCUCGAGACGCAGACGGAGACACGUUCUUGCACAUCGCGGUGGCUCAGGGCAGAAGAGCUCUGGCAUAUGUCCUCGCCAGGAAAAUGGCUGCCAUCGGCGUGCUGGACAUGAAAGAACACAACAACCAGAGCGCCUUCCAGCUGAGCGUCGCUGCAGACCAGCACCUGAUCGCUCAAGACCUGCUUGUGCUGGGAGCCGAGCUCAACACCAGGGACUGCUGGGGCCGGGCCCCACUCCACGUCUGUGCAGAGAAGGGCCACUGCUCCAGCCUGCAGUCGGAUGUCUGCUGUUCUCAGGAUGAUGCGGUCAGCGUUGAAAGCGGCACGAACCCGGAGCGGCCCGACACUCCCACGAACACGGCCAAUGCCCCGGGCAGAAAGAGCUGGGGCAAAGGCAAGUGGAAGUCCAAGAAGUGCAAAUAUUCCUUCAAGUGUGUCAACAGUCUGAGGGAGGAUCACGGGCAGCCGCUGUUCGGAGUGCAGUUCAACUGGAACAGCAAAGAAGGAGACCCCCUGGUGUUCGCAACCGUCACUCUAUAUGAGUGUCACUCUCAAGGAGAGAUCCGUCUGCUGCAGUCGUAUGUAGAUGCUGACGCAGAUGAAAACUUCUACACUUGCGCUUGGACCUUUGACUCGAGCACCAGUCACCCGCUGCUGGCCGUGGCCGGAUCUCGUGGCAUCAUCCGCGUCAUCAACCACAUCACCAUGCAGUGCGUCAAACAUUAUGUCGGCCAUGGAAAUGCGAUCAACGAGCUCAAAUUUCACCCGAGGGACCCGAACCUUUUGCUGUCGGUCAGUAAAGAUCACGCGCUGCGGCUCUGGAACGUUCAGACAGACACUCUGGUGGCCAUCUUCGGAGGUGUCGAGGGCCAUCGCGACGAGGUCUUGAGCGCGGUGAGUGUAUCGUGGCUGGUGUUGAUCAGAUUUGCUUCUGUCAGUCUGCAGUAUGAUCGUAAUCACUGCAGCGUUUCUGUAUAUAUGUAUUAUAUUUUCGCCUGGCUCCGCUGUUUGUUCGUCUGUGUUUAUCUGUUCGUCAGCGUUUAUCUGUUCGUCAGUGUUCGCGUCUCUGUUUAUCUGUUCAUCGGUGUUCGUCUGUGUUCGUCUUCAUGUGAAAAUGCCAUUGUGUGUUGGAAACCUGGGAAGAUGGAAGACGACAUCGACCGCAUCAAACCCAACGAGUCUAACGUGACGAUUCUGGGCCGCUUCGAUUACAGUCAGUGUGACAUUUGGUACAUGCGCUUCUCCAUGGACUUCUGGCAGAAGAUGCUAGCUCUUGGAAAUCAAGUCGGGAAGCUGUACGUUUGGGACCUGGAAGUGGAGGAUCCUCAUAAAGCAAAGUGUACGACGCUCACGCUCCCCAGAUGCACGUCUGCGAUCAGACAGACCAGCUUCAGUCGGGACAGCAGUAUUCUGAUCGCUGUGUGUGACGACGCCUCGAUCUGGCGCUGGGACCGGCUGCGCUGAGUCUUCUGACCUUCACUGCUCGAAUCAUUGAUCGCCGAGUUCUGCUGUCUUUGCUUUUCACUUUUGCUGUUUUCUUUGCCAUUCUCUUGUCUGACUUCAAUAAAAUCUAUUUUUAUA